ACAAUUCAUCAUGUCUGAUUGUUGUUCACGCGGAGUUCUCAGGUGGGAGUGCAACGUCACGAGCAGGUGUUGACGGAAGUACAGUACAACUCUCAAGCUAUUUAAAAGAGUGUAAGCUCGUGAUUGAGCGUGAUGGAGGAUUUGGCUGUUCUCGACUUGUUGGCAUGUCCCAUGUGUAUGAAAUCUUUGGAGGCAUCUGCGAAGGUUUUGCCAUGCCAGCACACGUUCUGUAAGACAUGCCUGCAGCAGCACGAGGCGUCUGUUCCUCAGAUGUGCUGCCCCGAAUGCAGAGCUGCUGUUCCCGGAUCAGUGGAGGAGCUGCCCACUAACCCUCUGUUGCUUAGAUUUCUGGACAGCCUGCAGGAACAGGGUUCGAUGGGCACACCGAGGGAUAGGUCAGUCAGAUAUUUGAGUUCUACAGACCAGGACGACGUGUUAAGCAGUUACGUCCAGGGUUUAAGACUUCAGUUGCCCCAGGAGGGGCAGAACACACAUGGGGUGCAGGCCCGAGCUAUAUAUGAUUUCCAUGGUAAUGGGCCCGGGGAGCUCACAAUGAAGUCAGGCGAUGUCAUUUAUCUGCGCUGGAGACUAGAUGAUAACUGGUAUUAUGGCGAAGCCAGUGAGAGCAAUGGUUUGGUUCCGGUCAGUGCGGUGCAGAUCAUCAGUGAACGUCGGCAGCCUCUGGCCCUCUGUAGAGCUCUUUAUGACUUUAAUGCUAACAAUCUGAACCCGGAGGAUAGCAAGGAUCUGUUGACCUUCUUCAAGGGAGACAGCAUUACUCUCAUUAAACAAGUGGAUGAGAACUGGGUGGAGGGAAAACUUGGAGACAAAGUUGGGAUUUUUCCUUUGCAGUUCACAGAGCCAAAUCCAGCUGCGCACGAGUUACUGGAAAAACGCAGAAGGAGAGAUUCAGUAGAAUCACAUCCACGGAUCGGCGGUUGGGUUAACGCGGAUGCUCGCGUCUACGGGCGGAUCUCCGGAGAGUCAGCCAGGCCUCCGAAUGUCAGUCUACUGAACAACGUGAACCAUCCACACCAAAGCCAGCGGCCACCUCACUUCAGCUCGAGCGCUCAGCCCGCCUCCUACAAGACUCAACUGAGGAGCUCUCGCAGGCACGUGCCUAAGAGAGAGAGGAAAAUGAACGGUGAAAGUCCACCCACCAUCACCAUGGCACUCAUUAACCCUCAGAUCCCCCCCAUACCCUCUGAAAGCAAGAUGUCUGCCACCCAGCAGCUCUCCAUCAGCGUGUGUGCAGCACUGUAUCCCUACACGCCCCAUCGUGCAGAGGAACUGGAAUUAAGGAAGGGUGAAAUGGUGGGGGUUUAUGGGAAAUUCAAAGAGGGCUGGCUGCGUGGACUGUCUCUCAGGACAGGAAAAGUAGGCAUCCUGCCGGCCAAUUAUGUCACGCCUGUGCUCAGAACAUCCGCAAGGUUUCUUGAACAAACCAAACCGGCAAUUCCUAAUUCAAGUGCAGCUCCAACAAAAAGACACACCCCACACAAGCCCCAGGCUGUUGUCCUGGCCCUAGACAAAGUAAACGGUGACGCCCCUUCAGCUACAAUGACUGUGAUGUCAUCCGCCGGGCCCGGGAGAUCACAGCAGCAGGGCGGGAAGCAGGGGUGGACCACAGUAAGACGCACCCUCCACACUUCACACAGAGGGUUGCCUCACUAUGGAAGCUACCCUUCAAUUCCCAUGCAAAGUCUGCACCCCCCUCCUCAGGAUCUGGGACAGAUCUAUACUUUAGGCCGUUCCCCUGUUCUCCCUAAAAAGAGAAAUGGUUUGUUCUCAAACCCAAUCAAGACCCAGCAUUGGACAUGUGAAGCAACAGCACCCUCCAGUGGUGGAUAUCAAACAGGAAACAGGAAUCCUGUUCAGAGAGAUGCCGCUACGGCCCCUCAGUCUAUUCUGGUUAAACCAGAUCCUCAUAAGCACACUUUAGAGAAGCCAAUGAAAUCGGUGCGGUUUCGGGAGGCUCAAGGCACUACUCAGGCAACAUCAAAAAUAACUCAUAUGGUUCCCAAUUCUCAGUCUGGCAUUUCAGGCUUAGAUCACUGGAAUCCCUCAGCCAUUUUGGGUCGGGACGGAAGUACUUUAGUUCUUAAAGAUUCAAAAACACCCAAAAAGAGCACAGGACAAGAUCAUGCAGCUAUGGACUUCCUCUCACUAAAUAUGAAACCAGUACUAAUAAACAACCAAUCCAGCAGUAAUAGAUACAGGAUAAUGAAGGGGUAUAAUGCUAAGACGGAUGCUGAGCUCACGUUGACGGAAGGGGAAAUAGUGGUUAUUCAAAGACAUCGUCCAGAUGGAAGGGUUCUCAUAACCCAAGAGAUCAGCGGAAAAACUGGCCUUUUCCACAACAGCAUAUUGGAAAUUCUGGACAAAGUCUUUUGAGUGCACCACAGAGUUUCUUUAAAUGGCCAGUGAUGUGUUUAGAGGCGCACCAUUUUAGCCGGUUAUGUAAUAAACUAAAAACAGCAAAAUCCUGUUUACCUAAAGGCAGGCCUAGACAGAAUUAUCUGUGCUGGAUUUGAAAGACAGGACUGUGAAUUCUGUGAAGUGUAUUUAAAUAUACAAGUACUACUAUUUUUAGUAGCUUAGAGCAUAAUACAAUUACCCAAAAUAUUUAUUGAAAUAAAAUAGUGGGGUAUGAUUCUGAGGAUGUGUUGAAUUUUGUAAAUGAUUGAUGAGUAAUGUUGUACUUCUGCUGUAAUAUAGUCAGACUCUGUGUUUGGCCUUAUGUGUAUUCAGACUAUCACAUUGUCUCACAUACACACCCACCUGACACACUUUCCCCUUAAA